AUGAAUACAUCCACGGAGAGCUUCGUUGAUUUGCUUAAUGAGAUAAACGACGGAGGAGCGCGCCAUAUGACGGAGAUAACAGAAGACGAAGGCACGAUCGACGACAAAAUCGAAGCGUCAGUUGACAUCAUGGAUACAACUCGAGAGCUCGCUCAGACGCUUUCGCCAUGGUGUCGACGCCAGUGA